UUUCGGCUGAGGUGGCCUCCGCCCUCCAGCGCUAUGGAAUGUUUUCAGAUCCUAGCCCGCCUCCUACACCGAGCUGUGAGGCGACCCCAGCGAGCCCUGCGCGGGCUGGCAUUGGCCCGGCCCCCUGGACUUCUCCCCACCGCCUCCUGCUUCGGCCUCUGGGCUGGAGGGCCGCUUCCGGGACACUGCCGAACCGGACUGCCCGGGAUUACUCGGGUCCAGCAGACUUGUGAGCCCCAGCAUCCCAGUAUAUCAGGAGAUGUUCUUCGACUCAGUACUUCUGAUGCUUCCCAAGCCACCUUAGCCAGUGUAGCACCAAUAUUUACUGUGAUAAAAUAUGACAAAGAAGGAAAUGUUUCUUCUUUCGAAAAAAAGAAAAUAGAAUUAUACCAGGAAUUAGGUCUUCAAGCCCGAGAUUUACGAUUUCAGCAUUUAAUGAGUAUCACAACCAGGAACAAUAGGAUUAUCAUGAGAAUGGAGUAUUUGAAAGCUGUGAUCACUCCAGAGUAUCUUCUGAUAUUAGACUAUCGUAAUUUAAAUUGGGAACAGUGGCUAUUUCGGGAACUCCCUUUACAGCUGGCUAAAGAGGGUCAGCUUGUCACGUACUCCUUGCCCUUUGAGUUUAGAGCCAUAGAAGCACUUCUGCAGUAUUGGAUGAACACCCUUCAAGGGAAACUUAGCAUUUUGCAGCCUCUCAUCUUUGAGAACCUGGAAGCUUUAGUGGAUCCCAAACAUUCAUCCGUGGACAGAAGCAAACUGCAUAUCUUACUACAAAAUAGCAAAAGCCUAUCAGAAUUAGAAACAGAUAUUAAAGUUUUCAAAGAGUCAAUUUUGGAAAUACUAGAUGAAGAAGAAUUGAUGGAAGAACUCUGUCUAACCAAAUGGAGUGAUCCUGAAGUCUUUGAGAAGAGCAGUACAGGAAUUGACCAUGCAGAAGAGAUGGAACUGCUUUUAGAGAACUACUAUAGAUUAGCUGAUGAUCUUUCCAAUAAAGCUCGGGAGCUCAGAGUAUUGAUUGAUGACUCAGAAAGUGUUAUUUUCAUCAAUCUAGACAGCCAUCGUAAUGUGAUGAUGAGGUUGAACCUACAAUUGACCAUGGGAACCUUCUCUCUUUCACUUUUUGGACUUAUGGGAGUUGCCUUUGGAAUGAACUUGGAGUCCUCCCUUGAAGAGGACCAUAGAGUUUUUUGGCUGAUUACAGGAAUUAUGUUUAUGGGAAGUGGCCUCAUCUGGAGACGUCUGCUUUCAUUCCUUGGUCGACAGCUAGGAGCUCCUUUACCUCCUGUGAUGCCCUCUUUACCUAAAAAACCUCUCCAAGCAAGUGGAAGAACAGAGAUGAAAAAUAAUUUCAGGCCAAAUGGACUUGGAUCAAGCAAAAGUAUCCUAACAAACCAAUAGGAGCAGUGAGCAAUAACUGAUCUUUUAUUUUUGGUGGUUGACAUAAGAAGCUUUCUGACACUGUUCUAUUUAUUUGCUUUUUAAUAAAACUGAAGACUUGAAAAAAAUUACUUACAGUUAAAAUAUAACCACCGAAAGUCAGUAUGCUAUGGCAGUCUUAAGACUAGGAUUUUUGUUCAUAAAGUCAAAAUUCAGUGUGAUGGA